AUGGCCCGCCUGAUGUCCUUUCCCCCAGAAAUCCUCGACCGACUUUUCUUUUAUGCUGAUUCGACAACGCGCAAGAACCUGCGAUGCUCCAGCCACGUUCUCAGCGCCAUUGGUCAGCGCUGGGUCUUUGACUGUCUGACCGUGAGUCUGACCGAUGCGAGCUGCGGCCGACUAGACCACAUUAUCAGCAGACCCGUGCUUGCCAAGUGCGUGACCAAGCUUUAUAUGAACACGUGGAAUCUGGACAACGAGGUUAGUGAUUGGGAUUACUUGCAAAGUCAAGAGUUCCAAUAUCAAGAGAAUGGUCGGUCUAGAACCAGCCUUGGGGAGCGUUUAUGGAACGCGUUUGACCGUCUCAAAGAGCUUCCUCGCCUGGAGAGUCUUAUUCUCCGGUUUCAUGACGAUUGUGGCGAGACUGAAUUUGACAACUGUCUCCAGGGUCUCGCCGUUAGGGAUGUAAUAUUGACGCGAUUUCUGUCUGCAGUGGUUGCUCUGCCCCGGCCUCUGCGGGAGUUGGGCCUGCUGGACUUCCAAAAUGUUUAUUUCAAUGAGACCCAAACCGCAGCAAAUCGCAACAAGGUCCUGAACAGCCUCCAAAUUUUGAGGCUUGAUGUCACCAAUGUUGAUCGGGAAGAGAGCCAGUUCGUCCAUGCCCGAAAUGCACAGGACUGCUACCGCAAACUGCCACGCUCCUGGCUGAAGCCCACGAUGGCCAACCUCGAGCACUUGACGUUAUACUCUCGCCUACGUGCCGGUUUCUGCCCAAAACUAGACCUGCGUGGCCUGCAUUUCCCGCGCUUAAGAUCGCUUUCUCUCGGCAACUACGCCUUCAUGCAUGACUCGCAGCUAGACUGGAUUCUUUCGCACGGCUCGACCCUUCUAGAGCUCUACCUGGAUCAAUGCACUAUCAUUUAUGAGGCAGCACUCUCUUUUAAUGUCGACGAGCCGAUCCCCGUUUCGGCGACCAUCCUUUCCUUGGAAGACUUUCACCCGCAUCCGGACCUGGUGGUCGACCGACUCUACGCCUCGUACAGCGGACGCUGGGCCAAUUACUUUCGGGCCUUCCAAAACGCCCUCCCCCAUCUACGGCACUUCCGGUUUGGAUUCACGCCGGGGAGGUGGACCAGGAGGAUUUUGCCGUUUGAACAAGACAUGCAGAUUGCGAUUGGAUUCCAUCAACAGUGCUACAUGGAAUACAUCCUCGCCGAGCGAGACGCUAUCCUCGGUGCCAUUCAACUGGAGUCGGGCGAGAAUACGUCACGCAGCCUGUUAAGCGUCUUCCAGAAUGACCAUGUGAAGACUCGACAGCGUGUGCUUCUGGCUUGGUGGGUACAAUUUAUGAACCAGGCAGGCGGCAUCAACCUUGUGGUCUAUUAUGCCCCUUCCAUGCUUGUUCAGAAUGUUGGCCUGUCGGCAAGGCUUGCCCAAAUCCUGGGUGGCUGCAUCAACAUGAUGUUCAUGUUCGGCUCGAUCGUGCCUUCCUUUUUUCUCGACCGCAUGGGUCGGCGAAAUACAAUGAUAGCAGGUUGCGCAGGACUUAGCCUGUGCAUGAUGAUGAUCUCAGCUCUGUUGUCACAAGCUAAAACAUCUAACGGACACUCUUACUCAUCCGCUGCUGUGACUUUCUUCUUUCUCUAUAUGCUAGUUUUCGGCAUGAGCGUGAACUGUGUGCCCUGGGUCUAUGUUCCAGAAAUAUUGCCUCUGGCCGCCCGCACUCGCGGUACUGCGAUCGGUAUCAGUUCGAACUGGUUAUGGAAUUUCACGGUCGUCAUGAUUACACCAGUCAUUAUCAACCGCCUACACUGGAAGGCAUAUUUGAUCUUCAUGGUCACAAAUGCGCUGUUCGUUCCCGCCUUUUAUUUCUUCUAUCCCGAAACAAGCAACUUGCGACUCGAAGAUGUUGAUUACAUCUUUUCUCGCAGUGGGGAUCCGGUGAAAAAUGCGCAGCAGAUUCUCGCUGAAUUGAAGCUAAAUGGACAUGUUGAUGCCCUUCAAGGCAGUGGCAGCCAGAUAAGCCCCUCACGCCAUUUCUCAGAGGAGAAGGGUGUCCAUGAAGCAAGAAACGAAACGAAACUGGCUCCAGCUGAAAGCAGGAGCACGUGA